GCCGGCGGGGGGCGGGGCGGGGCGGCGCCAGCCGGGGCCUCCUGCUGCGCGGUUCCUCGGUGGCGGCGGCUGUAGCUGUAGCGGUGGUAGCAGCGCGAUGGUGUUCGGAGGCUUCGCCUGCGCCAGGAACUGCCUCUGCGCCCUCAACCUGCUCUAUACGCUGGUAAGCCUGCUGCUGAUUGGAAUAGCGGCAUGGGGAAUCGGCUUUGGCCUCAUCUGUAGUUUCAGAGUUGUUGGAGUGGUAAUUGCUGUAGGAAUCUUCCUCUUCAUUAUUGCCUUAGUCGGAUUGAUUGGUGCAGUGAAACAUCAUCAAGUCUUGCUAUUCUUUUACAUGAUUAUUCUUUUUCUAGUCUUUAUUGUCCAGUUUUCUGUUUCCUGUGCCUGUCUGGCUCUGAACAAGGAACAGCAGAGUCAACUACUAGAGGUGGGAUGGAAUAACACUAAAAAUGCAAGAACAGAUAUUGAGAGAAAUCUGAAUUGUUGUGGAUUCAGAGUUUUUGAUCCAAAUGAAGCCUGUUCCUCUGAUUGUUUCAGAACUCGCCAGUGUCAACCAUGUGCACCGAUAAUUGAAGAAUAUUCUGGAAUGGUGUUGAGAUUUGUUGGAGGCAUUGGACUCUUCUUCAGUUUCACAGAGAUUCUGGGAGUCUGGCUGACGUAUAGAUACAGGAACCAAAAGGAUCCCCGUGCAAACCCUAGUGCAUUUCUUUGAGUUUACGAAGGACUGAAUCUUCUCUCUGCACCUUCCACUUCAAAAUACUGAUUCUCCAUAGUUAGGUAUUUCUCCAUAACAGGAAUUCUACACAUACCCAAUGGAAAACUUCAUUUCCGUAAGAAAUUUGUAGUUUUCAUAUUUAACUUUCCACUGUAUUUCUUCUAAGAAUCUUUAUCUUGAAGUAGACUGGUGCAUUUAGUGGCUGGGCAGAGUCAAAACACAGCUCUGAGCAGGUUAAAUAACUCUGUUAAGACUUUGGUAAUUGAUAUGGUGAACUCUAUACAGUGAACUUUAUAGCACUACUGGCUUCUGUGGUGUCCAAAAAACCCCCAAAGUAUUUUCUGAUGUAUUCGUUGUAACAUGAUUACAAAAGUUCAUGUGAUUUCUCAUUAAAAUGAUUUAAAAAAAUUUGGUGGAUGGUUGGACUGUGUGAUUUAAUUAGGCUGUAGGAUGAACUCGUAGUCAACUUUUUUGUCUUAAUAAUGGUCUCCCACUUUCCUGUUAAGAUAAAAAUAGAAAUAUUACUUUCUGUACUGCACGUAAGUGUGUGUUAAUGACUGCUGUAGUUUUCACGCCCCCCAUUCCCUGUUUGUUUUGGCUCUGGUAGCUGUAGAAGUUUUUUGAGAAUAAAAAUAAUUCUUUACUUUUUAAUGUAUAUCUUCACUAUGAUUACAAUGAAGAAAACCAGGAGAAUGUAAUCUGUAGCUGAUUAACUUGAAAUUUGUUUUUCUUUGACAAAUGAAUGAAGUUUGGUAUUUGCACAACAUCAGAAUCAAUACUGGUCUGUCAUGUUUAAUGUAAGAAAUUUGGUGUCUGGGAAGUUGUUGUACAGCUAUUCAGCUAUUUUUCAGAUGGUGUAAAAUUAUUGUUGUAAUAACUCAGCAGUGUGUAUAUUCCUCUUGUCAUCCAGGUAACAGUUUUGAUUCUGUGAGAGACUGAAUGAUGUGUAAAAAAAGAAAGAAGAAAAAAGAAAGUAAAAAAAAAAA